AUGGCUUUAAUACCAGUAAUUCUGGCAGCUGCCAAUGUGAACGUCGUUGUUGUGGACUGGUCCGCUGGAGCAAAUGCCAUUAACUAUAGAAUUGUCAACUGGAACAGUGUAUCUUCAGGAGAGGCGGUGGCUAGAUUUAUAGACUGGGUCAAUGACAUAACAGGAUCAAACCCUGGGCAAUAUCAUAUUAUUGGACACGGUGUUGGUGGCCACCAAGCUGGUGUUGUUGGCAGAAAUGUUAAGGGACAAAUUGAUUAUAUAACAGGAUUAGAUCCCGCUUUAAUUGGAUGGGUAAAUAACAUUGAUCGAUUUGCUCCCAACGACGCUCUCUACACAGAAGUAAUUCAUACAAACUACGGUGUCAAUGGUUACUUGGCUGAUUUAGCGCAAGUGGAUUUCUAUCCUAACGGUGGUAUUUCUAUGCCUGGCUGCGGCUCAAACGAAUGCGACCAUGCCAGAAGUUUCUUUUACUUCGCAGAAUCAAUAACAUCGGGAGGUUUUACUGGCAGAGAAUGCUUAAAUUAUUAUGCAGCUGUGUUGAGAAUGUGUGAUUUCCACUCGGGCCGCUUACAAAUGGGUGGAUUGACACCGAAACUUGGGAAAACUGGUGUAUACUUCUUGGAGACAAACCCUGCUCCACCAUUCUCCCAGGGUUAAUUUCCUUUUACAAUGUUCAAAGUCAAAAUAAAACACAACCAAAACAUUAACAACGUUUAUUUAUCCUAGUAAACAUUAAAGCAAUAAAUAGGACGAGAAGUGUUACUUCAGUUACCAGAGAGCUAGGCAAGCUAAACCUUAUCUACGAAAUGCUGUUUUGUACUUCUGUUAUAAAUGAAUGUAUCAUCACAGUUGGUUAGGAUGUUUUAGGUUUUUUGAUGCCCUUCUUUGGGUUUCUGGUGGUACAGUAGCAGGAGCAGCAGUGGUUGUAGUGUUACGUUUUGAUGGGAUAUCUAGGAGGCUACUUAGGAACGCUA